AUGUUAGGAGAUCCGACUCGGCGCAAUCAAAAGCUCAGAUGCACCUACCAUCAAGACAUGGGGCACAUGACUCAGAACUGCAUGGCACUGAAGCAACACUUGAAGGACUUAGUAGCAGUUGGGCACCUCCAGGAUUACAUUGAUCAGGAUAAGGAAGUGGCCGAACCGGGGAACCCACCACCAGAACCGAAUAUUGAGCACCCACCUCGGUUGAUAACAAAUGUGAUCCAUGGAACAGCGACUCAGGAACCUGAGGAGACACUGAAAGGGGAGAUUGCUAAGGCUAUGAAAAUUCAGCAGGUCAUGUCAGUAGAGCCUGCAUCGAAAAAGGUACGCACGGUACCCAAAUCCCCCCUGUGCAUUGUUUCAUUUACUAGAAAGGAUUUAGAAGGCAUACAACACCCACAUACUGAUGCACUAAUUAUAACUGUGGGAAUUGGGAAACGGUUUGACGUAAAACGAGUCCUGGUAGAUCAAGGCAGUGCAGCAGACAUAUUGUGUUAUGACUUGUUCAGAAAGCUUGGUCUCUCUGAGCAGCACCUCACCCCAGUGGCAGCCCUCCUAGUUGGCUUCAACUCACAGCCAGAAUGGCCGCUUGGUAGAAUAGUGUUGCCAGUUGUGGCAGGAACAAAAACCCUCCAGAUAGAGUUUCUAGUUAUUAAUACACCAUCCCUUACAACGCCAUACUUGGCCGUCCAUGGAUUCAUCAAAUGGAGGCGGUCCCUUCAACCUACCACCAGCUCAUCCGUUUCCCAACGGAACACGGAGUAG